AGCUCAUUCCCCGAAUCCUGAUUUAACCAUUUGAUUCCUCCUAUUCAGCAUCGACAUAGACACGAGUUCAAGACAGAAGCUAUUCGAACUUGCGAGAACCGUCCUGUAGCUGCUCAAGGAGGGACCUUGUCCGGUGACACCAGGCUUCCUUAAGGCUCGAUCGACUCUUUGACACUCUACUCGUUCACGGACGUUCAUCACAUUGCAUCAUGGCCCUCCCUUGGAGUGAUAUCAUUACGUCUGUGUUGGUCAUUGGAACGCUGUACCUUCUAGUAAGGUGGUUCUCGAAGCGAGCAUCGAGCACUCCGAAUACUGGUAUCCGAGGUGUCAACUUGUCCAUGGUUGAGACGGUCAAGUCGGCCUUUCCAGACAUCCCAGCGCCUAAUAUCAUCUACAGUCUAUCAAAGACCAGGUCGGCCCAAGCGACUUCUGAAGAGAUACUUGAACGAGGAUUCUUACCGAACCCUCCAGCCAGCUUCGAGGUCCCGUCUUCACUACUGCCUCCCUCCUCUACCCAACCGGUUCCAUCGUCUGCCCAGAGCAAAUCCGACGCUAGCUCAAAGCCUCAACAAUCCCUCAUAGAACGGUACGGACUCUCUUCUCAACUCCCGACUCGGAAGGGUAAAGAGAGGGAGCAUGUGGGAGAUGAAGAUGCUAGUGGUCAAGCGGGCCCUGUGCAGGAGGCUUCGCAGAGGCAAUCGAGCACAGGGGGGAAAUGGGAAGAUACCAAGGAGAAGAGGGAGAUGGAUCUAAGGCAACGGAAAGAGAAGAUGAUCCUGGAGGCCAGAAGGCGCAUGCUAGAGAAGCAGGCUCAAGCUGAAGCAACAGCUGGUAAUACAGAGCAGCCCACAGAGUCAUGAUGACACUGUCGCCUCACGUCUUCUGUCGAUCCUGGAUGUACUUCUACUGUUCGCUUGUCCAUGUCUCCCCUGACCGUGUCGACAGUCAAUCGUCCACCACCACCACCUCC